AUGGCAAAGAAGGCCGAAUGGGGCGACGAGUUUCUGGUGUGGGAUCCUUCACAAUUUAAUAACAUUACAAAGUUACGGAUUCCCUGUCACAAAAUAUGGCUGCCGGACAUGGUAUUGUACAAUAAUGCUGCGGAAUACACAGAUGGGCUGAUGCCAGCCAACGCCAUGGUGGAGCCCAAUGGAAAUGUCUUUUGGCCGGUGCCAACAAAAUUACAGAGCUCCUGUAAAGUAGAUGUCACGUACUUUCCCUUCGACAGCCAGGAGUGUUAUCUCAAGUUCGGAUCCUGGACGUACGACGGUUAUCAGGUGGACAUCACAAAUAGAACGUCCGAGGUGGACUUGAGUAACUACAUUAUAAACGGAGAGUGGGAACUGGUGCAUGCCAAGUGCAUCAGGAAUGUAGUGAGGUAUGCCUGCUGUGACGAACCGUUCCCUGACGUCACUUUUUAUGUAAAGAUACGGCGACGGACGCUGUAUUACAUGUACAACGUUGUGUUCCCCUGUGUGAUGAUGUCGGCUCUGACGCUGCUAGUCUUCUGUCUGCCCCCAGACUCCGGGGAGAAGAUAGCCUUGGGUAUCACAGUUCUGUUGGCUUUUUCUGUCUUCAUGUUGGCCGUGGCAGAGAACUUACCAGAAACUUCCGAGUUCGUCCCGCUCAUAA